AUGCUUCCGUUUGCCAACGUGGUCGAUGACCGAACAAAUGGAAUCAGCUGUGAAAACGAGAAAAGGGAGCAAAACGAAGCAAAUCAAGUAAAAAGAUUGUCACAUCGAAUUGUGCAUGACGAAUCACCAACCGGUGACACUACAACUCUGUCGUAUCCAUCCAUCAUGAAUGUCACCCUUUCAACAACAGAAGUACAAGCGACAAAGCCCCAGCUCGUGGAAUCAGCAAUAGAAAACUUUUAUCCCGAUAGAAUUAAAACGACAAUCUCUAUGUUUCUAAACGCCAUGGUGAAAUUGACUACCCGCGAUCUCCCGUUACGACAUUCUCCACGUUUAAUUCAGGCAAUGGGAUGGCGAGAACGUAUUUGUUUCUACCUCACAAAUCCCGAGAAAUCAUAUAUUGGUUGGCGACUACAGCAAAUUAUCAUGUUUUUGCUUGUCAUCAAUGUUGGAGUCAUGGCGAGCGAAACCCUCGAUGGACCGCAGUACGGUAGUACAGACCCUGCAUUCGCUUACAUGCUCAGUGAAAGUGCUUACAAUGAUAUCGAGACAUUAUUCUCGCUACUGUAUAUAACGGAAUUUCUCGUUCGCUGGUACACAGUUCCGAAACGAAUUCAGUUCUUGAAAUCAGUCUCCACAUGGAUCUACUUUUUAGCCGCAGUAGCAGCACUACCAAAACUAGUAUUGCCAACACAGAACAAGCAAUCGGAUACAAUGCGAACGGAUUCAAUAUCGUAUAAUCUCCGUAUUCUCCGCGCAGUUCGUUUAAUAGUUGCGGUCGCUCCGUUUGUUGGAACUAAAGUGCUCCUACGCGCCAUAGCUGAGGCAAUCGCUCCCCUCAAAAUUACGCUUUUCUUCUUGAUUGCCGUCGUGAUGGUGUUUGCUACGGCCAUUUUCUAUGCCGAACCUUGCUAUGAUUUGCAAACCUGCACAUUUACUGAUAUCUUCAAUACGGGAUACUUUGUUAUGCUCACUGUUUCCACGGUUGGGUAUGGAAGUCAAGUGCCUUCGAUGAACAAUUUCGGUUCUCUGCUACUUGUAUGUCUCGUGAUGAUCUUUGGCACUAUUUACUUCUCAAUGCCUCUGGCAAUCGUUGGCAUUAAGUAUGACUUGGCAUGGUUGGACCAUGACGAACAUCUUGCUAAUGUAAAGCAGGAACAAAGCAGAUUGCAAAAUGAUUGUACAAGUUCAGAGCCUGUUUCGUCUGGUGACGUCUUACGACCUCAAAGUUUUGACGCAUAUGAUGAUACAACGAAAAAAGUGGACGAUACACUCGAAAAGGUCGAAGCACAUGUAAUUCAGUAUACAAGCUUAGUUACGAGCGAUCGAUUUUACACACUGUUACAAGGGCUUUUCGAUGCCAAUUCAACGCUUCAAGGUUUGCUAUCUCCAAAUGAAAACGCAUUGAGCUCUUCCACGACACUGGAGUCUCUAACUCAAAUAAGUAAAAGACGUAAUGAUAAGAUGUCGCAAGCGGUAGAUGUGAUGGUGAAAGUAAUUGAAGUUCACUCUAAAAUCUGCUUACAGACUCAAGAACUACUGGAAGCCUCUACAGAUCGAGAGAAUGAUUUUAGUCGAUUUAUGUCGACAAGCAAAUUUGAGAGCAAGACUAUCAGUGGUACAUUGAGCAAAAGAAUGAUCCGCGCGAAAGGAGCAAUCGACGCAAUUAAGACCAAGGCUAUGAGUGCUAUAUCUCGUCGUGAUAGCCACACUAAUCCCAACAGCUUCCGAGCUUAUAUUUGGAACGUACUUGAGUACCGUUUAGAUACGUGGCACUCACGUGUGAUUAACAAAACGCGCAUGAUUGCAGUAGUGCUCAGUAUUGCAAUGUUUUACAUGCAAACGACGCCGGAAUUGCAGAAUACAGGAAUCAAAACAUUUCUUUGCUUGCGUAAUGUUUAUGAUCAUUGUGAACGAUACGAUGAGUUAGGUUGCUACGUGUUUCGACAAAUUUCAUCGUCUGGAUCGGAACUUUCGGUUGAAGUAACAACACAGCGAUUGAGCCGUCACUGCUCCAUUGGUGACAAAGAUGAAACGUGUUAUGGGUCAGGUGUCAAUUUUGCAUCGGAGAAUUUUCCUUUGGCUUGUACUGACGUCUUUCCGUCGCGAUCCGGUAUCGAGCACGUUUGCAAAAAUCGAUUGUGUAAUCCACCAGUGCUUUAUCUGUUUGACAUGGAGCCAUACUGGAUCUACUUUGAAAUUCUCUUUGGCUUCUUAUUCACAUUAGAAAGUGUCAUGCGUGUUUACGCACAUCCUGUGCGACGUCAUUUGUGGGGUGAUUACAAGUUAAUGGUUAAUGUUCUCGUACUUCUCCCAUUUUACGUUGAGAUCGUCGAAAUUAUGAUAGGAGAGUGGCCAACCUACGCUGUCGGACCAGCAAUACCUUCGUUCUUUACUGCUGUUCGAAUUUUAAAAAGUUUGCGUAUUUUGAAACUGGGAAGUCACAUUCCAGGUGCUCGUGUACUGAUUCAAACAGCGCAAUUAGUCUCAGAACGACUAGUAAUCCCGCUUUUCUUCUUGUUUUUAGGCUGCGUCAUCUCUGCGGCUGUGUUUUUUGAAUUAGAGCGUGGAACAGAGUGUUUUGUUGGUCAAACGUGUAUGUGGUGGCAUAUAAAUGUUCUAACGCCGGAACUGUCAGAAGGUUUGCCGAUUGGAAAGCGUAUACUGAUCCAAAAUACACUUCCUAGUAUCAUAACCGAUAUGAUGCGGUCAACAUGGUUCUCGCUCGUCAGUUUUACAACGGUUGGUUACGGAGAUUUACGUCCUCGUACAUCCCUGGGAAAAUUGGUCGACAUUAUUGGAGUGAUAUUCAGUUCAUGUUAUACUGCAAUGCCCUUGACUCUCGUGGGUGGACAAUUUUACGUUUGUUAUGAACUCCACGCGCAAAAAGAGCGUCUGAAAAAGGAAAGUUUAAAAGUACAGAUCGUUCCAUGCGUCUCUGACAAUGAUAAUUCUGCUGAAGUUGAGAGUGAAGCUAAAAAAGCCAUUUCAAAUGCAAUUGAAACAUCCACCACGUCUCUUUCAAGAUCUAACUCCACUGUUUGUCCCUUGAAUACCGUUCAAGAUGAAGAAGUCAUCGCUACACAACGUAACACACGACUGACUGAAGAAGAAAUUAUUCAACAAUUUUUCCUCAUGCAGAAAGUUUUUCACGAAAUGAUUGAUGACAUCAGUAUUUUAAUUCAGCUAAGGAAUGAGCAAUUCAACUUGAUAAAGAAACAAGCCAGUGACGAUUUGACACUGUCGAGACAACGAGAAGAAGUGAUAAAGACCAAGAUAUUAGUCAAUCUAGACUUUUGUUUGGCGGCAUGUUUGAAUUUUUCAGCCAUGAUUGAACGCUGCUAUGGGUCGAAGAGAGCACCAAAGCCAUUGCCAUCAAUCGCUCAUCAUACCAAUGCAUUGCUGGCCGCAGCAGAUGUUUCAAAUAAGUUGUUACAGGCCAAUACAGACGCAACACUUAAGCCAAGUCAGAGCAGAAGGAGUUUAAGUUGGAAAAAUUCAAGCGCAGAUCUGGCGAUGCCUCGUCUUCAGCCAAAGCGGACAUUAAAAAAGAUUGCCACGUUGUCUAAAGUGCUAGCUGUGCAAUACAGAUCAUCAGGAAAUAUUACAGAUUUGGAGGAUAUUACCGACCCCCAGAACGAAGUGCGACCUGAAUGA